CUAGCUAGCGGCCGCCAUUAGCCUGUGCAUUGCUCUGCUUUUCCCCUCCAUUUUUCAGUGAAAUUGCACAUCAUAUCAAGCUAAAAGCAAGCCAUCCAUGCCAGCUUUGUGAGUUUGCUUUCCUUCUUUGAUUGACAUCUGAAAUCAUUCCAAACCAAUCCACUAUACCCUUUCUGCUCUUUCCUUCUUUAUCUACAUUUCAGGCCUCUCUUCCUUUUCUGUUUUCAAGAUUGCUUGCUAUAUUUAACAAACAGUAGCCUUUGUGCAUGCAAUGGAAAUGGCAACUGAGAAAGACACUGAUUUCUACUCUCACAAAUUCCCUUGUGCCUCUCAGGUAAUGGAAGAAAUCCGGGAGCUAUGGGGCAUGGCCUUUCCUAUAACAGCCAUGAACUGUCUCGUCUUCGUCCGCGCCGCAGUGUCUGUCGUAUUCCUCGGCCGGCUGGGCAGCCUGGAGCUCGCCGGAGGCGCUCUGUCCAUUGGGUUCACCAACAUCACUGGUUACUCUGUUUUGGUGGGUCUCGCCUCAGGCCUCGAACCCGUCUGCAGUCAGGCCUUUGGUAACAAGAACUGGGACCUCCUCACUCGGUCCCUGCAGCGCAUGGUGCUCAUCCUCGUCCUCGCAUCGAUUCCCAUCGCCGUGCUGUGGCUCAAUCUCGAGAGAAUCAUGGUUUUCGCCGGACAGGACAGAGCCAUCACCGCCAUGGCCGCAACGUACUGCCUCUACUCCCUCCCGGACUUGCUGACAAACACGUUGCUGCAGCCGCUGCGGGUAUUCCUGAGGUCGCAGAAGGUGACGAAGCCGCAGAUGUACUGCACCCUGGUGGCAGUGGCCUUCCACGUGCCGCUGAAUCAUGUCCUGGUGAACCAAAUGGGGCUGGGAGUCCCAGGCGUGGCGGUGGCGUCGGUGCUGACGAAUCUCAACAUGGUGGUGCUCAUGGCGGGGUACGUGUGGUGGGGGAAGGGAAUGACGGUGCUGAGAUGGACGGCAGGGAUUGGAGAGGUGUGUGGUGGACUUGGACCACUGUUGAAGCUGGCGGUGCCGAGCUGCUUGGGUAUAUGCUUGGAGUGGUGGUGGUAUGAGAUUGUGAUAAUCAUGGCUGGCUAUUUGCCUCACCCAACUCUGGCCGUCGCCGCCACUGGGAUUCUUAUUCAGACCACCUCUAUGAUGUACACUGUCCCCAUGGCCCUAGCUGGCUGUGUUUCUGCCAGAGUUGGGAAUGAACUCGGAGCUGGGAAGCCAUACAAGGCCAAGCUUGCAGCGAUGGUUGCUUUGGGAUGUGCAUUUGUAAUUGGUAUCAUCAAUGUGACAUGGACGGUAAUUUUGAGGGAGAGGUGGGCUGGCCUAUUCACCGAAGAUGAGCUCGUCAAAGUUUUGGUUGCAUCAGUUAUGCCGAUAAUGGGGCUCUGCGAGUUAGGUAACUGCCCCCAAACUACUGGCUGCGGCAUCCUACGCGGCACUGCACGCCCAGCCGUAGGUGCACGUAUCAACUUAGGUUCGUUUUACUUUGUGGGAACUCCUGUAGCUGUUGGACUAGCUUUCUGGCUCAAGAUUGGAUUUGCUGGACUUUGGUUUGGUCUGUUGUCUGCUCAGGUAGCUUGUGCUGUGUCUAUUCUCUAUGUGGUGCUGGUGAAGACUGAUUGGGAAGCUGAGGCUUUGAAGGCCAAGAUGCUGACUGGAGUAGAAAUGGGUGUGUGCAAUGAGAAAGAUGAUGAAGAAAACAGAGGUUUAUUGAAGAAUGAAAACCAUCAUCUUCAUGAUGAGAAUAACACGGAUGAAUUUUAUUAAAAUUAUGGAUGAGAGAGGAAGAGAGAGACCUUUGUGGUGUGGUUACGUUGUUUAGGCUCAUGACGUGAUCGAAGCAGCCAUGCAUGCUCAAGAUUUUGGGUUUUGGAUCUCUUGUUUCGUUAUAAUUAGUUUUCAUGGGUCUGGUGUUCGGGUUUUGUCACCAGAAAUAGUCACUAGCUAACACUAUCCAGGUGCUGGAAAUAGUCUGGCAUCAAGAAAUGCAUAUGUUGUUAAUGACUUUCAACAACAUAUAACUCAUGUUGCACGUUGUGUACGUUAUGGAGCUUAUGGAAGUUGCAUGUAAUGGUUUAACAUCAGGCAUUGAUUGUUGUUCUAGGUUCACCAAGACAUGUAGUUUGUGUUGUAAAUUUUUACAGUAAACACUCAUGUUGUAAGUUUUCAACAUGUUGAGCAUG